UCUCCCACCCACCACUUAUCUUCUUCCAUUCACUCUCUGCCCACUGGACAGCACAGUUUGACUCCUUACCCGAACCGGCACGGGUGUUGACGAGAGAAAAGUUAACGUUCGUUCUUCUGGUUUUUGAAACUGUUUUUUUUUCACCUCAUUUUUACAAGAUGGAACUGGUGAAACAGGCAGAGCUGGAUUUGCUGGCAGAAAUUUCUCGAGUGUUACAAGACAGAAGCAACGAAGUCGAACGGCACAGGCAACUGUUGCUGCAUGUUGCAGAUUUAAAACAAAAAGUAAGAAGACAGAAAAUACAGAUAAAUCAAAUGUGGGCAAAAAUGAAGCAAGAAGAACAGAAAGAAAUUGAUUUUCUAACCGCUGAAAAAGACAAUAUUGAAAUGCAAAUCAAGCAGGAUCAUAUAGCAGGGAGUAAGGACACUUUACAUAAAAUUCAACAACCGGAUGUGCUGAAUUCGAAAGGAAACAAACCACCACCGUCUCGAGUGGGUAACUACACCAUAAUGGCUAAAAGACUGCAAGGUGAAAUUAAGCAUUUGGAGCAAAAUGUGAAUGAUAUGAAAGCAAGAUUACAAACAGAACUGGAGCAUAAGGCAUCAAUUGAAAGUAAAGUGAAGGAAAUGAGAAGUAGUUUGACAUUACAUCGAAGACAAGAUACUUUCACAGCACCUACAACGCCCAUUCAGUAGCAUAAAACGGAUAGUGGCACGAUUUCCAUUCAAAUUUUGUAAAUAUUUAAAAUUGAUGUAAAUAAUAAGGUUUAAUAUUUAAGAAAAUCACAACAUAAUUAAAUUUAUCGAUUUCUAGUUUUGAAAGUGAGCCAAAGUAUGUGAGUAGAUCUAGUACGGUCAUAAGGUCAGCAUAAUUUGUAAAUACGUAAAUAUUUUGAUUUAAUAAAAUGUAGUUUAAGAAGGUGAAUGUUGUCCAAGUUUUUGAUAAUGUAAAACAUUCCUCUUCCGUCUAGGAAAAGAACCAUCAGCAAAUUGUGAUAACAAAUGUAGUCGUAUUUAUUAAGUUUAGAGCUUUUCUUGUAUUUUCUCCAAUCACGAUAGUUAAUAACAUGAUGUACACCAUUACAGUUUAAAAAAUAUAAAACGUUACAAAUUUAAAAGUUUGUAAAAGAAAAUUUUAUAAGUUUUGGUAUAAUCGUAAAUGGUAAAUCUAUAUUUUAUUAAUACAAUUUCAUCCAGGCCCUGUACAAAAUCCUGCAAAAUUUGCCCUCUUUUAUUUGUCUAUUGUACGCAGGAAAUUAAAAAGGGGUAAUUCCAAAUUGUAAAAACCGUUGAUGUUUUAAUACUGUGUAAUCAAAACAAUCGAACAAUAUAUUUGUAAUAUAAUUUCAAUUAUAUAAAAAAAGAUCUUGUAAAAUUAGAUUUUUAAUAAAUCCCUAUUCAUGUAAUAAAGUUAGCUUACUUCACUUGCUGUUAUAAGUAUGUAUAAGUUAAAAAUUAAACUUGGGAAGACUGAAACAGCAAAAUGUCAAUUAUUUUUAUGAGAAAAUAUACAAAUCAAUGAUUUUGACAAUAUGAAUACAUUUUUCAGAUCUUCUGUGAUUGCAUUAUUAACAUCAAGAAAAAUGCACAUUUACAUACAUUUUUACUUAUCAAAA